AUGGCCAUGCUGUUCCUUUUACUUCUUCUGGGGUUGGCGAUACCCCGGGCGAUAAGCACAAACCAGUACAGUAUCAAACACACAGGAGAGUUAGUGCUAACAAAUCAGCUGAACAGUUUAGUAAAUGCAAGAGUGGUCCCAAACGAAAAUACAUUUAAUUUAGAAGUAAAUAAAGUGAUAAAUUUCCCAGUACAAUGUAUCCCUCAUAGUGCAGUAGAUUACAAUGCAGAAAGGAAGAAAAAGCCGAUCUAUUUUAUCAAACAUGAAUUCAAGAAUUCUUUACAUCUAUAUAAAAAUAAUGUUAACCUGAUGGCAUUAAAUUUCCCAGACAAAUUCUACAUAGUAGGUAUAGCUGCAAAUAAUGGGUUCAUUUUAAUGAUAACAGAUGUAGAUAUAUAUAGGAUAGAUGUAAAGAAAAAAAGAAUAUCUGUCUUGAAUGUCAUAGCACAGAAACAUGCAAAUAUUAUGAAUAACAAAGAGAUGUUUUUUACAGGAGUUAUUGCAGAUUCGAAAGAGAACCAUUUUUUUGUCAUUUCUGCAAUUAAGCAAAAUUAUUUUAUUCUGCAUGUGAAGUAUAAUGAGCAAAAUGAUUACAUAGAAGUAAUUAAUGUUAUUGAGACAGUUAAUGGGAAAUCGAUAAGAGUGUUGAACGGAUUGGCAGUAGUAGAUGACCGUUUGUUUAUCACGGAAAAUGCAGAAAACGUUUUUAGAUUGACACUAAAUAGGAAUAAUAACUCUGUGCAAGCUAAGAAUUUACAUACUUUUUCGAAUGGAGACAAGAUAAUCGGUCUUAGUGUGAUUGUGAUGCCUGACCAGGAGGAUACAAACAGCACGAGGGAUCAUCUCAUCGUUAAUGUAAAACACGUAACGAAUGAUAAACCUUCAUCGGAAGGGAAACUAUACCUUAUGAGCAUAAAGAAAGACGACACAGUGAAUGUGUAUUCUGUGUUGGACCUUUACAGCAGAGAUUUAAACUCCCUAUAUUUCACCAUCUAUGAUGCCCACCUGGUAAGUGAGGAAGAAGAAUAUGAAAGGGGGGCAUUGGCAAAGGAACUUAACAAUAACAAAGCGAAAUUUUUAAAUUUGGACAGUGCCACCACGAUCAAUGCUACUACUGAUAGUGAAGCAGAGAAGGCGGAGAAAAAACGAAGAGAAGAAGAUGCCAAAUAUAGGCUAACAAUUUUGUGGACAAAUAACUAUAACUGUACUGUUAACAAAGGAACUAUCGAUUUGAGGAAUAUAAAAACGGGUUCAGGGAAAGAACCCAAAAUGCCAUUUAUCAGUGUUACCAACCAGUACGCAUUGGCUCCACAUGUUACUUCUGCAAGUAGUUGCUCAGGAAAGGAAAAACUACUCAAGGAUAUGUGUUACUACGAUGCAGUAAAUAACUACGUUAGUGUCCUCAAUAAAUCGGAUGAAUACAAUGAACAUUACAGUGGCAACUUCCUAUUCGAUGGACUUAAAGACUUUAUUGCAUUUGAUUAUAAAUCGCAUAUGGACAUUCACGUGUUGACCUACCCUCUCAACAACACUGUCUACGUUCAUGUGGAAAAAAAAAAUUUGAUUAUCAACCUUCCCAAACCUUUCGGUAUAUGCAUGGAUACCUACAACAGCACAGAAAAUAACGUUAUUGUUUACAUUACAGGAAAUGAUGACGCGCAGAAUUAUGUGAAUAGGUGUGUGAUUAAGAAGGCGGAACAGUCCUAUGAGUGCUACAACGUGUAUAGGAAAAAGAACGAGUCGAAUGAGUACUUCCAACACAUAUCAUUUAUAACGUAUGAGGAAAGCAGAGGUAACAGAGUCAACUAUAUCUACGUGACGAACAAUAAGACAAAUAUUUACAAACUGACAAAGCAGAAUGAUAAGUGGUUGUUUGAGGAAUGGCUCAACUUGGAUGAUCCGAACCAACGG